UAGCAAAAAAAAAAAAAGAUCAUGUGACGCUUCCUGGAGCAUUACUUUCAAUCAUCACUUUUGCUCUUCGUAACAACACUAUCCAGCAGCAAACCCUAAAGUCCACCGCGGGAUUUUGCGCUCGUUUUCGGCAUUGCUGACGGUGAGCGAUCGCCUCUGCUGUCGGACAGUCGUUAUGGAAUGAACGGGCUGUCACCGGGAGAUGAGACCUACCGACCUCCGAGCAAACCACAGAAUUUCCCAGCGUUCCCUUCAGCUCCUCCCGCGUCGAUGCUGGGAGAGGAUCCUCCACCAUACUCCCCGCUGGGCUCUCCGGAGAGCGGCAGUGCUCCUGUAAUCAGCUGCAGAGUGUGUCAGUCGUUUAUUAGUGUGGAGGGUAAAAUCCACCAGCAUGUGGUCAAAUGUGGUGUCUGCAAUGAGGCUACACCCAUAAAGAAUGCUCCAGCAGGAAAGAAGUAUGUGAGGUGUCCGUGUAAUUGUCUUCUCAUCUGCAAAGUCACCUCGCAGAGGAUUGCCUGCCCUCGACCUUACUGUAAGCGAAUUAUCAAUUUAGGUCCAGUUCAUCCUGGUGCUGGUAGUCCGAAUCCUCAGCCUAGUGGUGCCAGAGUUUCCUGUGGCCACUGUGGAAACACUUUUCUGUGGACAGAAUUUACAGAUCGGACAUUGGCUCGCUGUCCACACUGCAGAAAAGUCUCAUCGAUUGGCCAGAGGUACCCUAGAAAGCGGAGUUUGAUAUGUUUCCUGGUGUGCUUGAUCUUCAUUAUAACGACUGCAGGAUUGAUCGCUGGCACGUGGUGGAAGGCACUGGAAUAUAAGGGGAUUUACGCCUCCUGGGUAUUUUUCAUUCUCCUGGUGCUGAUCACUUUGGUCAGAGCUUUACAUUGGGCCUGCAUGAAAAUCAGUGAACCGCUGCACAGCUAUUCAUCAUAUGAGUGAUGGUUGUGGAGGAGGAAGAGGUAGAAAUGAAGCGUAAGAGACAAGAACAAAGAGAAAACAGAGCAAAAAGAUGUUAAUAAAGUGAUACUCUGUCAGGAAAAUAUCAAAGUCAUAUUUCACCCCAAAAUCAAUGCAAAAAAAAUUCAAAUAAGUAUUAUUUUGGAUAAUAAUAAUAAUAAUAAUAAUAUAAUUUUGAUUUGGGGGUGAAAUGUGACCACUUUUCACCCAAAUAGCUGCUUUUGAACCCUGCUCUUCUCUGAACUGAUUUCAAAUCCAAUUUGCCCACAUUCCUAAUGGGAAUCUGCUUCCUAACCACUACAGAAUUAGAAAAAGCAUAGAAAAACAAAUAUUUCAGCUUUGUCAGUAGGAAAAUAACUUUGUUUAGUUGCACAAUCAGUAACUACUGAAACAGGCUAUUUUUGCUCCAUGAAUUGACAUCACUGUGGCAUCACACAAAUAUAUGGAAACGUUACAGUUAGAAUGAGAGAUUGUGGCUGAAUUGUUGACACAAAGUGUAAGUGCCUCAUGUGCACUGUUGUUAAAACUUGUACUGCAGGAACUGCAACUUUUAGCUUUAUUGAAAAUUGUACCCUGACCUGGCACAUCAAAUCAAGGGUAUGAGCAAGAAAAAGGAAAUGAAAGCACGCUGAAACAUUUGGAAGGUUUAGAAAACUUUUUUUUUUAGACCUUCCCUUUCUUCCUCAUACAGCAUUCGGCAUGUCUUACUGUUUAUCUCCACCCUCAAAUUCUGCUUAAGCAACAAAUUAUGCUUUGCUUACUAGCUAAUAAUGUUCAAAUAUCCAACACAAUGGAAUAUUACAGAUAAUUUUGAGAUUUCUAAUGAUCCUUGUGUUGAUGCUGUUUUUAAAUCAGGCAUCGCUGCUCAUAAUUUGUACCUGUCUGUGGUUAUAUAGGUAUAUAACUGCAUUAAAAUCUUCACUUUUAUAUGCUACGAAGACUUUCAACAUUACCUAGUAAAGUAGUAUGGGAAGAGAAUUUUUUUAAAUUACAAUUUUGACUUAAAAAAAAAAGUAUUUUUUCUUUUCUCUCUUUGGCACAAUCUGCACAUAAAACUGUUAAAUGCUAGUGACUGUAAAUACUCAUCAAAGAAAAUUGCUGUGAUUAAUAUCUACACAGUCUGAAAAAAAGUGUGCAAAAAUUGUACAAUAGUUUGUCACUGGGACAACUUUAUACCUUAUCUAGCUGUAAAAAAACAAACAAUAGUACUUUAGAGUAAUAAUAGGCCUAGAACCCUUUGGGGGUAAAUAAGGUACAAAGUUGUACCAGUGACAAACUGUUGUCAUUUUUUGCACAUUAUUUCGGAAAGUGUAAUCAGAUGUAAAUGUGCCGGUUGACCAAUCAUGUAGGCUUGUUUCCAGCUGAAAUGAACCUCUUGCACUGCACACUUAAUGAAGAUACAGUUAGUAAUAGACAUACUACUUGUACCUAUUCUGUGACAUUCAGAAGUGACCAGUAUUUUUUUUUUCCGCAGAGUUUGAUUUGUUUACAUGAGUGUGCAGUUGUAGUACUGUGCAUUGAUUCUUUAUUUUUUUGUUGAAAAUGUUAGAUAUAUAUUGUUGCACUACAUUUUAGCGAUUUCGCUAACAGAUUCUACCCUUGUUGAUUUUGUUGUUGAUCAUUUUUGUAUUUUCCUUUGUGACUAAAAUGUUUUAAUCACUUGAGUAUUUGUGUGUGUGUGUUGGGGGUUCUGACUGUUUGCACACUUAUUUUAACAGACAAGCAUAAUGAAAUACUAUAGUGAGGAUAAAAACCUCACGUUUGGUAAGUUCAAGUCAAAUGUUAAUGUUACAGGGAUAGUUUCCACCACAAUUGAAAAUGGUCAUUGUUGUUUUACACCUGUAUAAAUUUUUUACUCCUGCUAACAGAACAGAAUGUGGGUAACCAAACUGUUGACGGGAGACAUUGACUUCCAAAAAAUACUGUGGGAGUAAUUGAUGACAGAAUUUUCAUUUUUGGUUGAACUAUCCCUUUAAUUAGAUAAACACGAUUGCUCUAUUUGGCUGAAUUAAUUUAUGUAUUUUAUCCAAAGUGACUUGUGGUGCAUUCAAGGUACACCUAUACAUUUUAUCAGUUCAUGUGCUUCUGUUUGAGCUACAGGAAUGAUACUGAAAAAAAAUGUCAUUGUGAAAUCUGUGAUGUGAUUUUUGGCAUAAAAAGUGCACAAGUGAUUAUCUUA